AUGAUUCAAAAGUGUUUGAGAUAUAUCCUAUCUCCGAGUCUUUACAGCUACCUCUUUAAAACACCUCAACCUCCAAAUAGGGUUUCAUCUCUUCUACUCAAUCGCUUUACUCUCCUCACAAUAGCGACUAUCGGCGCCAGACUAGCAAUGAAGAAGAAAACUCGAGCCAGUAUGCGAGCAACCACUUACAGUGCUACCAAGCGGAAGCUCAUUGAUGAAGAUGAGCUUGAUUUGGAUUCAAAGAUGGUGGAUAUCGAAAGCAGUGACGAAAUCUCUGGGGUUCGUAAGUCGGGAACUGCGGCGGAAAAAUCAAAGAAGGCGAAACAAGUUGUUGAAGCUGGUUCAGAGAUACGUGAUUUGGGCUCUCGCAAAAUCAUUCUGGGUAAGCCUCUCUCUGGCAAGGCUUUUUACAAUUGUGGGGUAGUCAAAUUGUUUGCUGAUUUAGGGUUUGAGUCCUUUCUUGUUGAUCUCCCUAAGGUCUGUUACCCUAAUUUAGUUCGUGAAUUUUACUUGAAUCUGUUUGAAAAUCCGGCUGGUCAAUAUGUGUCUUUUGUGUCGGACACUAAAAUUACUCUCUCACCGCUUUUCCUCAAUGGGAUUUUGAAAACCCCUCCUUCUCCAGUCUCUAUUUUCACUAAGCGUGGGUUUAAAGAGGUUGUGAACUUUGGGAUUAAGGAUCAGUUUAAGACCAUUCUUGGCUAUGAAUGUGAUAAUGACACUUUUCCUUCUACCACUCAGUUAAUUCCUCUUGCACAUGCCUUGUUUAAGGUGUCAAUUGAGAACAUUAGUCCUAGGUUGGGAACUAGGUCUAAUUUGUCAGCUCAGGAUGUUGUUGUGUGUGCUAUGUUGAUGUCGGGCAAAAGCUUUGACAUGGGUGAUUUAGUUUUGAAAAAUAUGGUUAAUGUUGUUGAAGGGAAGUCUACUGCUGGGUUACCUUAUGGGUUGCUGUUAACCCGUGUGUUUGAAUGGUUUGGUGUUGAUCUUGAUGGGGUCGAAUCUAUCACGGCCAAAGAAUUUUUAGAUGUGAAAUGUCUCAGUCAAUCCAACCUGAAAAUUGAAAAAGAUGGGUCAUUGUCAAUCAUAGAAGUCCCUCUGCCUACUCCACCACCCCCACUCUCCAGUUGUUCUAUGUUUGCUUUAUCUGAUACGCACAUUCUGGAAUUCAUGGAUGAACUCCGUGCUAAUCAUAAGCAGCUAGUCGAAGGUCAGAAACAGUUGUCUGAGCAAAUGGAUGAUAUUGCUAAUCAAUUUCAAUUCUGGAAAGAUUUUGUGUUUGAUGGCAAGACAGGCAAUUCUCCUGAGAAGUGUAGCUCAGGGAGCUUUGUUUAUGAGCUUCGUAGGCGGAUGUUUGGUUCUGCAGGUUCUUCUGAUGUGAAGUUUACCUUCACUUCUGAGGAUGAUGCAACUGAAAGUCCACAGCCACGCACAGCAAUGGAUGCUCUUCAGGAAGCUGCUGGAACGGUUCCAAAGGAUGCAGCUGGGAAUGUGAUGGUGGCUGAAGCUCUUGCUGCUGUGGAAAUUGCCAAGAAGCUGAAUUCUGAUAAGGAGCAAGCUGUGGACGAUGAGGAAACCUAA